CUUGUCACCUUCUCCCUUCAAGCAUGAGGCUCUUUCCCGGGCUCCUGAUAUCCCACGGUCGCGUUGCCCGACGGCUCGGUCUAGGACCACGUUCUAGGCUUGAUUUGCUAAGGAAUCUUCUCACAGGCUUGACCCGUCAUGAGAGGAUUGAGACUACAUGGGCCAGGGCGGACGAGCUGCGGCAGUACGCAGAAAAACUAAUUGACUAUGGCAAGCGAGGGGACACAGAUGAGCGAGCUAUGAAGAUGGCUGACUUUUGGCUGACGGAGAAAGAUUUGAUUCCCAAGCUGUUCAAGGUUCUUGCACCUCGUUUCAGCUCUCAUCACAGUAAUUAUACCAGAAUGUAUCAGAUUCCCAGCCGUGAUAAUGUGGAUCGGGCUAAGAUGGCAGUGAUUGAAUACAAAGGAAAUCCAUACCCUCCACUGAUCACACCAAAAAAAGACAACGAAAAGACUCUCUUAAACCAGCUUCUGAAAGGUUACCGACUAGAAAAGGGUCAAGCUUCUUUAGACUUUCCUAAGUUACAUUUAUGAAUGUUUUUGGACAUACCUCAUUAUUUAUAUGUGAAUAAAAUAUAGUUUCAUUGAGAAUAUCUGACCAAAAUAGUUCUGGUGUGUCCCAUACUUUACUAUAAUACAAUAUAGUACUGUGGUUUUAGUUAAACUUUCGUUCUUGAAAACAUAUAAAGCUUUUAUAAAUGAAUGUUCCUGUGUAACAGAAAUUUUCACUUUAAUGCUUUUUGUUAUAUAAUUUUUUAAAACCCUUCAGACAGCAGUUGGCUUGUUUUUCUAUCCCUGGCCUAAAAUGUUGUUUAUAACAAACCAAUUUUUUUUUUUUUAAAAAUCAGAAUUAAAUUUGUUUAAAUACAUUUCUUCAUAGCAUUCAAAUGAAUGUUUCUCACCAAACCCUUUGAUGUUGCUCCCAGUGGCCUCAAUACAUUUCUGACUUGGUGGCAAGUUUUGGAGAUGUAAAGACUAUGGGGCCCAUUCAUUAAACCAUUUUUAUUUUUUUGGGGGGGGGGGGAUCUUAUUUUUUCUAAAUUAUAGAACUUUUUGUAAUGUCCACAAUAAUUUCAUUAAAAUUCCACAACGUUUUCGUUAACUUCCACGGAAAAGUGGUAUUUUUCGCAAAGACUACGACCAUUUCGGAAUUCAUUCAAGCUUUGGUAUCAUGACUAUCUUUUGGCCACGUUGGAUCUGUAGAGUGCCAUUGAGUCCUAUGGAAGGCUUACAAAAUCAUGCACUGAAGGUUUCAAAGCCAGAAAGGUUUUUGCGCCUCUUGUGAACGAUUGGAUCGGAAUUUUCGUGACAUUUUCGAACAUCAGAAAUCAUUGUGGUUCCAAUUGUGACUUUAACCACCAAAAAAUCGUGGUUUAAUGACUGGGCCCCUAUGUAUUCUGCCAAAUAGAGCCUCCUGUUGCCUGCCAUUUCAUGCUAGGUUAUCAUAUAGCCAAUCACAAAAUAGCCUUCAUUAGUCACCUGUAAGAAUUUUUAUCACGAUUGCGUUGCUUCUGAAUGUUUUUUUUAUAUUUAAAUGUUGCUCACAGGUAAAAAAAAGUUUGGGGACCCCUGUGCUAGAGCAUAUCAUUAAGCCUUUCAAACAUGAAGGCUUUGAAAAUAAACAAAACAUUGGUCUUUUUUCUC